AUGGAGCGAUCCAUCGCUCGUACUCCAUCGAACGGUGCUGUUCGUUCCUCGUCGUCCGCACGGAUUCCCGAGUACGAUCUCUCUCUUGUGUCCGGGCCGCUCUCAGACCAGCCGCAAGAACUGGCGGCGGUGGGGUCGUUAGCCACCCGGACCCAGUCACAACAAGGUGGAGGGCGCACGGGCAAGGCCGCCAACGGUGCGGUUCGAGCCGACGUUUCCAGCGAGGACAAGAUUUCCAGCGUGAGGGAGAGCACACUAACGCUCGCAGCGGAGGAGGAAGGGGCGGCGGGCGAGGAGAUUUUGCGGGAGGUGAACGAGGGCGACGUGCAGCAGGUGCUAGCGUCGCUGGAAGACCGUUUCCUCGCUGAGCCGGGCGCCUCGCUCGACACUAUCGAGGCCAACGCGCGGGUUUUGUUUGCGGUAGGCGCGCGCAGGGGGCAGGUGUUGCGCAUCUUCCGCGCGCAGCCGGAGCUCGCGGGGAGGGAGUACGGCUCCGCCGUGCGGGAUAAGGCGGAGCUGCUCUCCGCGUUCCGCAUCGCGCCCGCCGCAUUUCUCAAAGCGCUCUCGCGAUCGCUUGACUGGCUCACGACGCCCGCGGCGCACGCUGCGAGUGUUCUGACUUUUCUCGACAGGGACUUGGGGAUUAACAAUCUCGCUAGAGUCGUAGCUGUCUGUCCCGACGUCCUUUCUCAACCCAUAGACGGCUUAGCCGAUACAGUCACAUUUCUCCGCACGGACCUCUCUCUUGGAGCGGAAGUUGGCGCAGCGCUUGAGCGCAACCCCGCGCUGCUGGGGGCGGGGAACGGCGGAGGGCGCGCGGAUGUGGUGCGCAAGCUGGAGGCGUUGCGCUCGUUGCUCCGCCUUGACCGCUCCGCGGACGUGCUUCCCCUAGUGCAGCGCUCCCCGCCGCUUCUCUCCGCCAGUGCUGACGUGGCACGCGACACAUAUAAACAGCUCUCCGCGGUUCUCGGCGAGGAAGGCGCUGCGGCAGUCGCUCUUGCCCGGCCGCAGAUUCUCGCGCUGUCCGAAACCUCAGUGCGGGAAACUCUGACGCAGAUCGCGCGGAGGUUCGGCGGCGCCGGACCUGCAGCCUCAGUGCUUGUUUCGGCGAACCCGUCUUUGCUUCGGCGGCGGUGGGACCGGACGGCGGGGAAGCUGGAAUACGUGACGGAGGUUAUGGGACGCGAUCUAGCGGAGGUUGCGGCGUGGCCUGCGGUGCUGUCGUGCAAUCUGCAGACGAGAAUCAAGAGGCGGUAUGACGCGCUGCGGGCGGCGGGGCUGGACGCGAAGGAGCCGCUUCGGGUGCUGUUCGGGUGUAGCGAUAGCGUGUUCGAGAGGCGCUUCGACGUUACGCUGCCGAAACCCACCAAGGGAAAGAGGUUUUCUGCCUUGCUGCGUAUGCCAGCACCACCAUGCCAUUCUGUUUCUGGCUUACCUCUCAUCCCUCUCCCUACCUGA